AUCCUGGAGGAGAACAUGAAGCUGGAGUGUAAGUGCCAUGGUGUAUCAGGCUCCUGUACCACAAAGACAUGCUGGACCACACUGCCACAGUUCCGGGAGCUGGGCUACGUGCUCAAGGACAAGUACAAUGAGGCCGUUCACGUGGAACCUGUGCGCGCCAGCCGCAAUAAGAGACCUACCUUCCUGAAAAUCAAGAAGCCACUAUCCUACCGCAAGCCCAUGGACACAGACCUGGUGUACAUUGAGAAGUCACCCAAUUACUGUGAGGAGGACCCCGUAACAGGCAGUGUAGGCACUCAGGGACGUGCCUGCAACAAGACGGCUCCCCAGGCCAGCGGCUGCGACCUCAUGUGCUGUGGUCGUGGUUACAACACCCACCAGUACGCCCGCGUGUGGCAAUGCAACUGCAAGUUCCACUGGUGCUGCUACGUCAAGUGCAACACCUGCAGUGAGCGCACCGAGAUGUACACCUGCAAGUGA